AUGGAGCGACUGUUCGAAGCGUUGGCGGUUUGCUUGCCUGCAAUAAACGGACGUUGGCAUCCUGCAGAUGAUGUCACUGUCGUGGACGUUACCACAGUCGUUGCGCAUGUACAGGAUGUGAUUGAUGUGGACGCCCGCUUGACCGAUUUGGACAAGGGCAAUGGAGGAGGUGUCGGGAUUGGCUGCGCUAUGGCACACAUACUGUUGCCCAUGCAACAUGGUAUUUCCACACGAGGAUACUGCAGUGAUCCGCAUCGUAUCAAUGAAUCCACACCUGGAUCAACCUAA